CAGGACCAAAGAAGAGAGAUAGGUAGGAGCAAGCCCAUGUAAUGCUUUGUAGGUUAGCAGUAAAACCUUGAAAUCAGCCCUUGCUUUGACAGGAAGCCAGUGUAGAGAGGCUAGCACUGGAGUAAUAUGAUCACAUUUUUUGGUUCUAGUCAGGAUUCUAGCAGCCGUAUUUAGCACUAACUGAAGUUUAUUUAGUGCUUUAUCCGGGUAGCCGGAAAGUAGAGCAUUGCAGUAGUCUAACCUAGAAGUGACAAAAGCAUGGAUUAAUUUUUCUGCAUCAUUUUUGGACAGAAAGUUUCUGAUUUUUGCAAUAUUACGUAGAUGGAAAAAAGCUGUCCUCGAAAUGGUCUUGAUAUGUUCUUCAAAAGAGAGAUCAGGGUCCAGAGUAACGCCGAGGUCCUUCACAGUUUUAUUUGAGACGACUGUACAACCAUUAAGAUUAAUGGUUCCCAAUCAGAGAUAAACGAUAAACACCUGCCUCUGAUUGAGAACCACUCCAGACAGCCAUAGACUUUGCUAGAUCACCCCACUAGCUACAAUCACAAUAUAUACACACCAAAACCCCAAGACAAAACACACCACAAUACAAAAACCCCAUGCCACACCCUGGCCUGACCCAAUACAUGAAGGGCGUGACAAGAUUUAAGAAGAAUGGAUGUUGGCACAAGAUGGAGGGAAAGUUGGAGCAUAACUAUCUAAAUUACAGUUAACUAAAAUGUACACUUAAUCCAGUAUAAACAAAAUUCACAAAUUCUAAAUUGGCUGUCAGAAGUAUUACAAUGUAAACUUACUUUUAAUCCAUCUGUUUGCAUAUUUCAAGACAUGGCAUAUGAGGGUGUAGUGAGAUACCCAAUGGCCUGGACGAUUCUCUUCUCAUCACUCAUCUAAAAACUUUGAAAUCAAUCAAUCUGCUAUCAUUGACACAAUGAAGAUCAGUCAAUACGGAACAUUUCAAGAACUUUGAAGGUUUUUUCAAGUGCAGUCGCAAAAACUAUCAAGCGCUAUGACGAAACUGGCUCUCAUGAGGACCGCCACAGAAAAGAAAGACGCAGAGUUACCUCUGCUGCAGAGGAUAAGUUCAUUAGUUACCAGCCUCAGGAAUUGCGGCCCAAAUAAAUGCUUCACAGAGUUCAAGUAACAGACACAUCUCAACAUCAACUGUUCAGAGGAGACUGUGUGAAUCAGGCCUUCAUGGUCGAAUUUCUGCAAAGAAACCACUACUAAUGGACAACAAUAAGAAGAAGAGAUUUGCUUGGGCCAAGAAACAUGAGCAAUGGACAUUAGACCGGUGGAAAUCUGUCCUUUGGUCUGAUGAGUCCAAAUGUGAGAUUUUUGGUUCAAACCGCCGUGUCUUCGUGAGACGCAGAGGGUUUCAGUUGUUCAGAGGUGAUGAGACUCUGUGUGAUGUCAUCCUAGUGCCUGGGGACAGCAGUGACACCUUCCCAGUACACAGAGUCCUUAUGGCCUCCGCCUGCGACUACUUCAAAGCCAUGUUCACAGGGGGUAUGAGAGAGCAGGAGAUGAGGGAGAUUAAGCUCCAUGGUGUGAGCAAGACAGGUCUGAAGAACAUCAUAGAGUUCAUCUACACAUCCCGGCUGAGUCUGAGUAUGGCCAACCUGCAGGACACUCUGGAGGCUGCCAACUUUUUACAAGUCCUCCCUGUCCUCAGCUUCUGCAACGAGCUGCUCAGCACUGAGAUCACUAUUGAUAACUGUGUGGAGGUGGAGCGCAUUGCCGGGGACUUGCUCCUGGAGGACGUGCAGGCCCACAUUGGGAAGUUUGUCUGUCAGAACCUGUCAGUGUUGCUGCAGUCUGGCCGCUACCUGCUGCUCUCCGAGCACAGCCUAGCCAACGCCCUGGCCAGCGAUAGCCUCAAGGGCUUCUCUGAGAUGGAGCUGUACCGCAUCGCCCGCUCCUGGCUGGACCACGACCCUCCCACCCGCCGCACCGCCGCCUACUCCCUGAUGCGCCACGUCCGCUUCCCCCUCAUGACCCCCACGGAGCUGCUCGAGAUCUCCCAGGAGGACGAGGGGCACGACGACGGCGGGGCAGCCAUGAUGCGCUCGGACACGGCCUGCGUAAACCUCCUGCUAGAGGCCAGCAACUACCAGAUGAUGCCCUUCCUCCAACCUUCCUUACAGACAGAGCGCACGCGCAUCCGGUCCGACGCCACACACCUGCUGGCGCUGGGUGGGGUGAUGCGGCAACAGCUGGUGGUGAGCAGGGAGCUGAGGUUGUACGAUGAGGAGAGCGGCCACUGGAGGGCGCUGAGGCCCAUGGAGGUUCCAUGCUACCAGCACGGCGUGGCUCUGCUCGGGGGCUUCCUCUACAUCGUGGGCGGCCAGAGCACCUACGACACCAAGGGCAAGACGGCGGUGGACAGCGUCUACCGCUAUGACCCGCGCUUCGACCGUUGGCUGCAGGUAGCCUCGCUCAAUGAGAAGAGAACCUUCUUCCACCUGAGCGCCCUGAAGGGGAAGCUGUAUGCUGUUGGGGGCAGGAAUGCCUCAGGAGAGAUCGACACAGUGGAGUGCUACAACCUCAGAAAGAACGAGUGGAUGUUCGUGUCACCCAUGAUCGACCCCCACUACGGGCAUGCUGGGACAGUCCAUGGUGACCUGAUGUAUGUCUCAGGUGGCAUCACACAGGACACAUUCCAGAAGGAGCUGUCAUGUUAUGACCCUGAGACUGACACAUGGAGUCACCGUGCCGACAUGAUGGAACUGCGUGGCCUCCACUGCAUGUGCACGGUGGGCGACCGGCUCUACGUGAUGGGAGGGAACCACUUCCGGGGCAGCAGCGACUACGAUGACGUACUGGACUGUGAGUUCUACAGCCCUGAGGUGGACCAGUGGACGGUGGUGGCAGCCAUGCCAUGGGGCCAGAGUGAUGUGGGGGUGGCCGUGUUCCAGGGCCAGAUCUAUGUAGUGGGGGGCUAUUCCUGGAACAGCCGCUGCAUGGUGGACAUUGUGCAGCGCUAUGACCCAGAGAAGGAUGAGUGGGACCGGGUGUUCAACGUACUAGAACCACUGGGAGGGAUCCGGGCCUGCACCAUGACUGUGCACCUACCCGAGGGUGCCGUGGACGACGGACAGAUGCAUGAGUACCCGCUGGACACUGCCAAGAACUGAGAGCUGAGAGCAAGGACAUAUGGCUUUAGCCUCUGUGUUUGUGAUGCUGAAAAAUGUGACCUUUUUGCAAGCUUGGACUGUGGGAGAAGUGGAACGAACGUCUGCAGUAGAAUUUCUGUAAUAUAUCCGUACAUUUGGUUGACUGACUGUUCUUUUGUAAUCUUUGUGUCUUUUGCGUUGGAAUUAUUUUCAUAUCUGAAUGACUUCUGCGUUGCUCUUUAAUGUGAAACACCUCUCAAAAAGCUCCUUUUCAUGGAUAAUGUGGUUUUUACUUUGACAAUGUAUUUUCAAACUAUAAGUUAUGGAGUAUUUUGUAUUGUAUAUGAAUGACUAAUGACAAUAAAAUGCAUACUAUUAA